GAAACGAAAGACUACUUUACUUAUUUUCCUUUAUUUCUUCGGUUUCCUUAAUCAUGCCGGCGUGUGAGCAGCAGAGAGUGGAUGACAUAGAAGACAUCAUUGGUUCAAAUGAUGUCACUCCAGUCGAAAGAUACGGCAACAAAUCGGAAGUAGUGCCUAAAGUAAGGUUGAGAAAAAAGAGCAAGAGAGAUGUUGAUCGUCGUACACAGCCUGCUAGUGCUACAACGAACAGUUUGUCAACACAAGACUUGCAAGACGAAGUGAACUGCAAUAAAAGCAUCAUCCCUGGUACACAGAAGAUCUAUGUGAAGACGUGGGGCUGCUCUCACAACAAUUCAGAUGGGGAGUACAUGGCAGGUCAGCUGGCUGCCUACGGGUACAAAAUAACAGGCAAUCAAGAAGAGGCGGACCUCUGGCUUCUGAACAGCUGUACAGUCAAGAACCCGGCUGAGGAUCACUUCCGUAACGACGUCAAGCAUGCCCAGCGGUUGGGCAAGCACCUGGUGGUGGCUGGCUGCGUGCCCCAGGGCCAACCCAAGCUGGGUUACAUCGGCGGCAUCAGUGUGGUCGGGGUGCAGCAAAUCGACAGGGUGGUGGAGGUUGUGGAGGAAACACUGAAAGGGCACACAGUCCGACUUCUGAAGCAGAAGAAACACGAAGGCAAGAAGAUCGGGGGAGCACCGCUAGAUCUUCCCAAGAUCAGAAAGAACCCACUCAUCGAAAUACUGGCCAUCAACACUGGUUGUUUGAAUCAGUGUACCUACUGUAAGACCAAGCAUGCUCGUGGGGAGCUUGGGAGCUAUCAGCCCGAGGAGCUGGUGGAGAGGGCUAGGCAGUCUUUCCAAGAGGGUGUGUGUGAGAUAUGGCUGACAAGCGAAGACACUGGUGCCUAUGGGAGAGACAUUGGGGUCACCAUCACCGAGCUGCUAUGGCAACUGGUAGAGGUCAUUCCGGAAGGAUGCAGAAUGCGGAUUGGAAUGACCAAUCCUCCCUAUAUCCUGGAACACCUCGAGGAAAUGGCCAAGAUCUUACAGCAUCCCCGAGUCUACUCAUUCCUCCAUGUACCAGUUCAAGCCGGCUCGGAUAAUGUAUUGCUGGACAUGAAGCGGGAAUACAGCAUUGAUGACUUCAGACACGUCGUAGACUUUCUUAGGGAGAGAGUUCCAGGGAUUACAAUAGCCACAGAUAUAAUAUGUGGAUUCCCAACCGAAACUGAAGAGGACUUUGAGGAGACCAUGAGUCUAGUAGAGCACUACAAGUUCCCGUCUCUCUUCAUCAACCAGUUCUUCCCUCGGCCUGGCACACCGGCCGCCAAAAUGCCUCAAGUACCUGCCCAGGCGAAAAAGGCAAGAACGAAAAAGAUCUCUACUUUGUUUCAAAGCUACCGACCGUACGACCACAAACUGGGGCAAAGGCAGCAGGUCUUAGUUACGGAGGUGUCACAUGACAAGCAAUACUACGUAGCACACAAUAAAUACUACGAUCAGGUGCUGGUCCCCAAGAAGGAAGAGUACAUGGGCAAAAUGAUGGAAGUCAUCAUCGUCGAGACUGGCAAACACUUCUUGAAGGGCCAACUGGUGGGGGAUGAAGCAGACGUGAUCACGCCGUCCAUAGCGCAACCUCUUGCCCACGGACAGAUAUCGGGCAUACCACAUAUUCUUCAGACUCCGGAGCCUCCCGAAUCCUGGUCAUGGCUGACCAUCACCAUGGCGAUAGUUGUCGGCACUUUCUUGCUAGAUCUUGCAAGAAUACUUGUGUACCACUUACUGUAUACCAGAACCUGAUGCUUAAGACGUGCAACAGAGAACUGUACAGUUGGAUUUGUAUAAAUGUCAGAGAUUUUACGAGGAAAAAUUUGAAAGCAUCUUUACUUUUAUUUUAAAGACGCUUAACCCUAACCCCCAACAGGUUUUCUCUAGGCACCCUGCCAAAUGCAACAAAAUGCAACUUGGCUGAA